AUGAUCCUCGAGGGAGUCACUCCAAAGCCCGAGCCCGUUGACGUGGACUCGGAGUCAGGAUGGAAGGAGAAGACUUUGGAGGAGGAUGGGGUCCGGCGCUACGAGGACGCGUUUGGUGAUGAGACCAAUGCGGAGAUCAAGUACAAAACUAUGGAGUGGUGGCAAGCUGGAAUGUUCAUGAUCGCUGAAUCCGUUUCGCUGGGUGUCUUGUCGUUGCCCGCUACCCUCGCCUCCCUUGGCCUUGCGCCGGCCAUUGUGUUGAUCAUCGGUCUCGGUCUUCUCGCCACGUACACUGGUUACGUUAUUGGACAGUUCCACCAGCGUUACCCUCACAUUCAGAACCUGGCCGAUGCGGGUGAGGUUUUGAUGGGAGCGUUUGGGCGUGAGCUCUUCGGUAUUGGACAGCUGUUGUUUUCCAUCUUCAUUAUGGGUAGCCACCUUUUGACUUUCAGCGUCAUGAUGAACACGGUCACCGAUCAUGGCACCUGUACUAUGGUUUUCACUGCUGUUGGAUUCGUGAUCUGUAUGGUGUGCUCUCUUCCUCGCACAAUGAGGAACAUGACCUACAUUUCGUGUGCUUCUUUCGCCAGUAUCCUGACUGCUGUUAUCGUUACCAUGGUCUCAGUUGGUGUCCAGGACCACGGAUAUUCUACCCUGAAAGCCACUAUCGACACUGAUUUGUAUCACGCCUUCACUGCCGUGACGAACAUUGUCUUUGCUUACUGUGCCCACGUUGCUUUCUUCGGUCUGCUUGCGGAGAUGCGUGAGCCAAGGGACUUUCCCAAGGCUCUGUACAUGCUGCAGACCUUUGAGAUUAUUUUCUAUACCGUGGCUGCGGUCGUCAUCUACUACUAUGCUGGACAGGCUGUUGCCUCCCCGGCUCUGGGAUCCGCUGGCCCUUUGAUGAGCAAGGUUGCCUACGGCAUUGCCAUCCCUACUAUUAUUGGCGCCGGUGUGGUAAAUGGCCACGUUGGUCUCAAGUAUAUCUACGUCCGAUUGUUCCGCGGCACUGACAACAUGCACCGUCGUGACCUGAAGUCCCUCGGAUCCUGGGUCGCAAUCGGUCUUACCUGCUGGAUCAUCGCCUGGAUUAUUGCCGACGCCAUCCCCGUCUUCAGCGACCUGUUGAGUCUGAUCAGCUCGCUGUUCGCCUCUUGGUUCAGCUACGGUCUCCCCGGUGUCUACUGGUUGCACCUGAACUGGGGGAAAUGGUUCUCUUCUCCUCGCAAGAUCCUCCUCACAGCUAUCAACAUGUGCAUUGUGGUGAUCGGUGGUUGCAUGUGUGGCCUUGGUCUUUACGUCUCUGGUCGGGCGAUUAAUGAGGAUGCCUCUAACAGAAGCUUCUCUUGCGCUGACAAUGCAUAG